AUGGUUCUUACAAGUGCACUUGCGGAAAAAGAAUAUAAACGAGUAAACAAUUGCAAGUCGGCACAAGAAAUGUGGAACAAAUUAGUGGUAACCUAUGAAGGUACUACGGAUAUAAAAGACUCUCGAAUGGAUACUUUGAUCCAAGAAUACAAGAACUUUAAACUCCAAGAUGGAGAAAAUAUCAUCGAUAUGGAAACAAGGUUCACUCGUAUAAUCGAUGAAUUGUCUCAACUCGGGAAGAACUAUACUCAAAAUGAUAAGAAUCGUCGGGUUCUUAAAUCUCUCCCUUCGAGUUGGAAAGUUAAAGUCACUACUAUUAAAGAGAUGCACAAUCUCAAUGACUAUCACAUCGAUAAUCUUUUCGGAAACCUUCGUGCUUACGAGGAAGAUAAUGUUCCGGAUAUUGUUGUUCCCAAAGUGGAAGACAAGAAGAAAAAUAUGGCAUUAAAAUCCAUAUUAAUUGAUGAAGAUGAAAAUGACGAAGUUUUAAACGAAGAAAUUCAAAAUCUUGAUGAAAGCGAAAUUGCUUUACUAACAAGACAACUUCGUCGAGUGCUUCAAAGCAAAGCUCAAAGGUACGGAAAAGGCUUCCUUAAAUCGAAUAAUCAACAAAGAGUUUUUAACUCUAAUAGAAGGCUUAAUUACUCUCAAAAUUAUUCUCCUAACUAUAAGAGUAAUUUUCCUACCAACUCGGGCUAUAAAGGCAAAAAUAAUCAAAGUCCGAAUGGCUAUAAUAAUGCCAACACGAGCAACAAUAAUAAUUACACUCCUCCAAAACCGAAAGAACAAAAUCCGGAGGAAACACAAGAUGUAUGUUUCGAGUGUAAACAACCGGGUCACUAUAAACGAGAAUGUCCUAAACUCUCUAAGGGUCGAAUUCUCGUGGCCGAAAACGGUUGGGAUUUAAGUGAAGAUGAGGAAUCUUCCGAAGCAAGUGAAGAAGUGGUUAAUCUAUGUUUGAUGGCAAUCGAGGAUGCUUCUACAUCAACGGAUAUCUCCACUACUAACCAAGAGCUAUUAGUGGAAGCAAAUACUCGUUAUGAUUAUCUUGAUCAAUUGUUCCUCACCACUUGGUCCGAGAAAGAAAAGCUUGAAGAUAUAUAUCAAACUCAACAAAAAGAGUUUUCUCGGAUAAAGGAAUCAAAAAUUAAACUUGAAGAAGAAAUGGUAAAUCUUCAAGAUUCCUUUAUAAAAUCCAAGGAUGCAAUUACAAAAUUGGAAAUUGAGAACGUUUCCUUGAUAUUAGAAACGGAAGAAAUAAAAGAGGAGAAGCUUCAAUUAAAUGAAAAUAUUGAAAAGCUUCAUGUUGAUCUAUUAAAUUUGAAAAUCCAAAAUGAGUCGCUAACUCAAGAAAGAUCAACUACGAGUUAUCUAAAAGAUAGUCUCGAAACUGAAAUUGCUCGAAUCCUUGAAGAAAAAGAAAAAGAGUUCAAAAUAGAAACUCGCAAAAUCAAGGAUGAACAUUCCAACAUCUUAGCACAAUGCAAAGAUCAAGAAAGAAUUUUAAAUGCUCAGAUUGAUGCCUUAAUCAAUGAUAAAAAUGAUCUUGAACGAACGAUUCAACGAUUUACAAAAGGCAAUGAAAUGUUGGAUAGAAUGGAAUGCCUUGUUGCUAAGCAAAACAUGUGGUACCUCGAUAGUGGUUGUUCAAGGCACAUGACGGGAAAUAAAUCUCUUUUGAACGACAUUAAAAAGGUAACCGCUGGAGUUGUCACAUUUGGAGAUAGCAGCAAAGAUUACCUUACGAAGUUUGAUCCUAAAUCAAGCGAAGGUAUAUUUCUCGGUUAUUCAAGUAAUAGUAAAGCAUACCGAGUAUUCAAUCUCAAAACUCUUGUGGUGGAAGAAUCUAUGAAUGUUGCUUUCGAUGAAGCAAAACCACCCUCGAAAUAUAUUGAUCUUGUUGAUAAAGAAGAUGCACAACAAGAUGGGAUUGAAAAUGUUAUUCGACAAUUCGAAAAUUUGGACGUUGGGAUUUCCCCUCCUAAUAAUCCAUUAGAAUUGUUAAAUCAAGAUGAAGAACUCCCUAAAGAAAUUCCUAUAAUAAGGAGUCAUCCAUUAGAUAAUGUAUUGGGUGAUUUAAGUAAAGGAGUUCAAACGCGGUCACAAGUUCAAAAUGUUGUGAAUCAUCUUAGUUUUCUAUCUCAAAUAGAACCUAAGAUUGCUAAAGAGGCUUUACUUGACGAGGAUUGGAUUUCUGCAAUGCAAGAUGAAUUAAACCAAUUUACUCGAAGUAAAGUGUGGGAGCUCGUUCCAAAACCCGAAGAUACUUCCAUAAUUGGAACUAAAUGGGUAUUUAGAAAUAAAUUAGAUGAAAAUGGAACGGUAGUUCGUAAUAAAGCGAGAUUAGUCGCUCAAGGAUAUACUCAAAUGGAAGGUAUAGACUUCGAUGAAACCUAUACCCCUCUGGCACGAAUAGAAUCAAUUCUUAUGCUUUUAGCAUUUGCGUGUCAUAAAGGUUUCAAAGUAUAUCAAAUGGAUGUUAAAUCCGCCUUCUUAAACGGGAUUCUUGAAGAAGAAGUUUAUGUAAAACAACCUCCCUGUUUUGAAGAUUCUGUUAAUCCAGAAUAUGUAUAUAAAUUAUACAAGGCUCUAUAUGGAUCAAAACAAGCUCCAAGAGCUUGGUAUGAAAGGUUAAGCAAAUUCCUAUUAGAUAAUAAUUUUAAGAUGGGAACUGCCGAUAAAACCUUAUUUACGAGACAAGAAAAAAUGAUAUAUUACUUGUCCAAAUAUACGUAG